CUGAUGACGCAAACACUGCGCGUUGACAUCUGAAGUGUGGCUGAGAGCUGCAGACAGUGGAGAAGAGAUGUUGAUGAAAUGUCUGCACAGAUCUGCCUGGAAGUUGGUAUUCGCCCCAUCGGUGCCUCGGAGGGGUUUGUCCAGUCUUGCUUCCCCCGCAGAGAGCCCUAACCCCAGAGAAGUGUUUCGGACCAGUGAGAGUGAUCCAGCCAAUCACACAGAGGACCAUGAGGCUCAGUUCUACUCCGUUCCUUCCAGUCAGGUGAGGUCCACCUUCCCCCACGGCCUGCCUUCACGCUACCAGUUACAGUGUAAGACCUUCAGCGAGACCUGCCUGAUGGUGCGCCAGCCCGCCUUGGAACUCAUCGACUAUUUGAAGAAGACUGACUUUUCCCAGCCUGCCGUGCGCUACGUCUUGUAUGGUAAACCUGGGACAGGGAAGAGUCUGAUACUGUGCCACGUCCUACACUUCUGCCACACUCAGGGCUGGCUCAUGGUGCACCUGCCUGACGCCCACUUGCUGGUGAAGAACUGUAAGGAACUGAUGGCGUCGUCGUACAACAAGGAGCGCUACGACCAGCCGCUGGAGGCAUCUGCUUGGCUCAAACACUUCAAAGUUUCUAAUGAGCAAUUCCUCUCACAGGUUGUGACCCAACAGCGGUACGUCUGGAGCAAGCGGGAAGCUACUGAGGAGGGGACACCGCUGGGCGCCGUAGUGGAUCAUGGCCUGUCUCGGGUGAAGACAGCCAGUGACGUGGUUGGGGUGGUGUUGAAGGAGUUGAAGAGACAGAGUGGAGGAGACGCCUUCCGAAUCCUGGUCUCUAUGGAUGGGGCCAACAGUCUGUGGGGGAGAACCAGCCUGAAGAAGGAGAACAGGAUAAACCUUUCCCUCUCCUUUCUUUCUUCCCAGGUGUCUCCUGAAGAGCUGACACUUGUCCACAACUUCCGGAAGAUGGUGAAGAAUGAUUGGACAGGAGGCGCCGUUGUCCUGACUGUCAGCCAGACCGGGUCAUUAUUCAAUCCAAAAUCAGCAUAUCUGCCACACGCGCUUCUCGGCAAGGAGGGCUUUGAUUUCCUGGACCCCUUUAUCCCCAUACAAGUGACAAAAUACAGCGAGAAGGAAUUUGAGAGCUGUUACCAGUACUACGUGGAGAGGAAAUGGAUCCAACAUGAAAAAGCGCGGACAGAACAGGGGAAGACGGAGUUGAUGUUUCUUUCUAGUUCCAACCCACGAGAGAUGGAGAAGAUUUGCACCUUCCUGUAACGGUGUUGGGACCAGUCUGCGUAUCAGGGGACGCGGUCCUUUCCCUUGUGCAAUAUUUAUCAUGAGCACGUCACUGG